UGAUCAAACCAGAAUAGGGGGCAGCUCCCCCAGGCCUGAAGAGGGCCCUAGUGCCAAGCGGGGGGUUUAACAGGAGUGCCAUGGUAAGGUCAGCUCGGAUGGCUGUCAGCCUUAAGCAUGAGGUGGGGACAACAGGACAAGUUGUGCUUAGCCCUCAGUUCUGAUCUUCCUUGGAAACAAGCAUGUGGGAGGCAGGACGGCAGUCCAAAAAGGGGGGAACUCUGCUUUCUGCUCCCCAAAUUCCUCUGGUUUGACAUGGAUCACCACCCAAAGUGCUGCAUUCAGCAGAAACCUGAAGCCACUGAUUAAAACUGCACCAUGGCUGAGACUUCUGGGCCUCAAUCAUCCCCAUCUGCAAAAUGGGGAUAAAACUACCGACCUAACAUAAGGAGCUGUUCCUGAGGACAGCUGAGAAAUCUCACGACACUAACUUCCUAUAUGAUGGGAACUGGAGUCCAAAAGCUGGAUACCUCACUCCUGGAACAGACAGAAGUGACUGCCAGACUGAGCGUUUCUCUCAGGAGUUGGCUUGAAAUGAGGGCAGGGUGUUGCAGCUGUGCGAAUUGCUGAGUAACAGAUGCCGCGGCGUCUAGAUAGGGUGCAGGAGUGCCUGUUUGCCUCCAUGCAUGUUCUAUUCUUAUUUAUAAAAUAAACAUUUAAAGUUCAAAAUCCACAGUUGAGCAAUAUUAGAACCAACCCAAAUUCCAUAGCAAAGAGCGCUCUUUCCAGUUCUUCAGAAUUCUAAGGAUUGCAGAUUCGUGCAGAAUUGGGUUGGUUCUAACAAAGGUUUUGCCCAGUUAUGGAUCUGGGAUUUUGAAAAUGUGCUGAAAAUAGCACUGCUCUGGAAUUUGUCACCUGGAAAAGGAAAAUAUCUGCAACACUAUAUACACUGAUGUGGGACUUUGGACACUGGAUUGAACCAGGAGGGCCCUGCGGGUGGCCAUGGUGGAGGUGCAGCUUGAAGAUUAUGACUACCCCCAGGAGCUCCUCGUGGCCUUCAGCGCCUGCACCACAGUGCUGGUGGCCGUCCACCUCUUUGCCCUCAUGGUGAGCACGUGCAUCCUGCCCCACAUCGAGGCCGUCAGCAACAUCCACAAUCUCAACUCGGUCAACGAGUCUCCUCAUGAGCGCAUGCACCACUACAUUGAGCUGGCCUGGGGGUUCUCCACGGCCCUGGGCAUCUUCCUCUUCCUGACCGAGGUGGUGCUGAUCUGCUGGGUCAAAUUUAUGCCCAUCAGGGGCACCUCCCCGGCCCAGAGGUGCUGUGCCCCUGUGCCGGUCCCCUCCGGUAACGACACCACCGCGGCCCCUCCGGAGGGCGCUGGCUGGAACGCGGCCAUGGCGUCCACGGCCAUCAUGGUCCCGGUUGGCGUGGUCUUUGUGAUCUUCGCCUUGCACUUCUACCGGUCCCUGGUAGGACACAAAACAGACCGGCACCAGCAAGAGCUGGAGGAGCUCCACCAGAUCAAGUACCAGCUGGAUGGAGAAGCUACAGCGCUGCAGGUGGUGUGAGGUUUGGGGGUCGUGCAGGGACAGGCUCAAGUCGCUGGAAGCUGCUGUUUCUCGCGGGAAAGACGGCCGGCCAUCUUGCUUGUAUCCUGGCGGUGAGGGAACCAGCUCAGUUGGAAUGUAACCAAAAAGCCACUGGGACCUUUUUGAAGGUCCCCCGCUUCCCCACUCAGCAUCUUAACAAAUUCACUUGUGCGUCCCUGAAAAUGAAUGGAAGGAAGGGUUGUUAAACACAGAAGCUUUUGCUGAUCUGGAACUGUUCCUGGAAGUGAGCAGCCCAAGCCCACACUUGAUCCGCCCUGUCAGCUGAUAGAUGCAAGGAACUUUGGCUUGGAGCUGCUUCUAAGAAGAGGGAUGGCAUUUGUCCCCCAAGAGGAGGGACAGUGGCUUUGCUUUAAUUGGGUGCAAUUUGUUUCCUGUUUGCCUCUUCAUGAAAAACAGGAGCAGGGAGUCCUCAGGUAUUUUAGUCACAGGAGCUAAAGGUGGAGGUGGAAGGUGAGUGGCUUCGGAAAAGCAUAACCAGCCACUUAAUCCUGCCUUUUUGCUGCCCCAAACCCCCAAAUAUCAUAAAAUGGGACAAGGCUAUGCCAACCAUCAUCUGUGGAGCUCCCUGCCCUCUCCUUAAUGGGCUGUUGAGGAAGCUGGGAUGCAAACCAGCACUGGCCUGAGUCUGGGGGUAGUCCAGCGAGCUGUGGGGCCGAGGCCCAGGCCACAGUGAGGGCUCUGCCAAGUCAGUCACUGGGACGCCAGGCAGAAUGAAGCUUCCAGGUGGGCUGGGCCUGAUGGAAAUGCCAGUCCUGCCUUGGCACGGCCAACAGAGCAACACCUUCUGCCUGCUGCACUCGGAGCUCCGGUUCUGGGUCGGCCAGUUCUGGCCUGCGGGGACCUGAGUUACGGCCCAGGUGGAUGGCAUGGGACCAGCAUUCAUAGGAUUGCCCCAUUCAGGGGAAGACGUGCAGGGGUCCUGCACUAACAUGAAGAAAGCGCACAUGGGGAAGGAAUGCCAGACUUUUCUCAGGGCUGGCUUUCCUGCAGCCAGUUGUCCCAGUUAUCAGAAAAUAAGCUAGGAAUGGAUAACAGGGAGGGGUGGAGUCAAUGUCUUGUCCCUGUGAAGAUCCCCUCCACUCCACUCCAGGAGUGGAGCCUGGAGAGAGUUGUCUGUCUUCCAAGAACCACACACUUGGGCUGCAGUGGGCCCAGCUGCUUCUUCUCAAUGGCCCUCCGCAACAGGUCCCUUGCAGCCCCCACAGAAGCUCUCUGCAGCGGUGCCCAUAGGAACCCCAGAUUUUUUUUUUCAUUUUUCCCAGCUUGUUUUAAUAUCCAUACAUGCAUUUAACAAUAAUUUUCUAGCAACUGUGCACAGGCUUGUACAAAAGUAGACCAAAUACUCAAAUAAGUAUCCACUUGAAGGUGGCAUCUUCCUGUUAGGUCCUUGACACAUUGCAUAGAAGGUGGUGAAUAUAUUCUUCCAAUUUCAUAAUAUCAAUCUUUUAGCUCUUGAGAGAUUGCAAAGAUCCAAUUCCUCCUCCCACUUGUUAAUUCCAUGAGGCAGGUAAAUAAUUUGGAAGAGGAUAUAUUCCAGUGGAUGUUAAAGAUUGUUUUGGUACAAAAUUGACUUGUAAUAACCACCUCCCAAAAAGAAGCAACAACUGAACAAUGCCAAUUCCUGUGUUAUGAAAGAGCAAUAGUUGAAUCACACUGCCUGCAAUUAGCUAAAUUAGUCGAUCCCUUCUUAAAGAAACAUUGCAACAUCCAGUAGACAUGAAAGGUUUUGCUGCAGCCCACGAUCAAGAGCUGACCGACACGGAAGCAGUGAACCACAGACUGGGCAUGCUAUGGUGGUGUGCACAGGAGUUUCUGAAGUUCCCACAUGGGUCCAAAAAGGCUGGGGACCCUGACAGCUCUGCAGCAUCUGAUUGCCGAGUUUCAGAGUCUUUGAUGCUUCUGAACUGGCUGGCCUCUUGUGCAAGAUGAGGAAGGAAACGGAGCACUUCACGUUUCCUGGCAACGGCAGAGCAUUGGUACAAAAGCCUGCACAGCGGUUGCUAGGUGAUAGCAAUGUCUUCUCUUCCUCCUCUGACCAACCCCUCCACUGGGGGCCAUGGCAGCAAUGGGGCAGCCUGGCUUACGGCCACAGAAAAGGGGAAUGUGUCCUUUUGGUGCAGUAGGGACAGGCGCGCGCACACCCUGUUGCUGGUCAGGGCAGCGGAUGGAUUCCUAGAGGCAGUCUUGGUUUUCUUAGAUCAAGCAAAGGGAUGCUUGAAGGAUGACUCAUGGUCUCAGCCUUGUCAAAGACCGAUGCCUUUUCUCUAUAGAAGGACAGUUCAUUCUUAGCUGUCAAGCUUGACGGGAAAUGGUAUAUUUUUGUUGGAUCGGGAGAAGGCAGAGUGGGUAAAUAUCAGCAUCCGAGCCGUGUGCAGCUGUGGGUGCUCUUUUCUGCUGCUGCUGCUGCGAUUACUUUUAAUCUCUGGCAUUGAUCUGAGACGCCCCUUGCACAAAAGCAUCCAGAUGGGGUGGGGGGAUACCCAACAUCCUGAGAUCUGCCUUGUUUAUGGGGCCAGGGAGCACAAUGGUGCAUGAGCCUAGGACGUGAGCUUCUGGCCAAGGUGCCUCCACGCCCUUGCACUGCCUUCCCCAGCCCUGCACCCAACCGGGCAUGCAGGCAUGAGGGGCCUGUUACUCUGACUUGGGAUACUGAACGCGCUCUGUGGUCUCAUUGAGAGUGACAGGCAAGGGGUUAGAGGGAGACUGUAUGAAGCCAGAUAAUCUGGGGCGUGUGGUCUGUGCUUAUGACACUUGCUGUCCUCCACCUCCCCAUGGAGCCCCUGUUCACAGAGACCAACAGGAAGGCCAGACCGCAGCAGGGACAGUCAACAAGUUUGGCCUCCCCUGCAAAGUUGUCUCCAAGCUGAUGUCUUGGCUGUUAUCUGUAGCAGCAAACGAGUAACGGAGACACCUUUGUGGUGGAAGUUAACCUUGCCCUUUGUGAUCCUGAAAGCUGGAGCAGGGGCGCAGCCACCGCCCACCCCCAUGACUGAGAGUCACUGACGACGGAAGCAGGGCCCCCUCUGUGUUGCCACCCCUGGGUCAAUGCUUUCCACAUCCGGGUGUCCCUCUGCUGCAGCUCUCAGCAUUGCUGACCGUGGGUUAAGCUCGCUGGAGCUGAUGGGCAAGGAAGUCUGGAAGGCUCCCACUUGAGCAAGGGCUGGUUCUGCUGCUUUGGGGUCAAGCUCAAGCAUGACAAAGAUAGCACGUUAGAGAGAGAUACCAUAUGGGAUGUUGGCUAUCUGGUAAAACAGCUGUAAGCUGUUUCCGGAACAGUUUAGGGGGGGUGCAGCAAGGGGAGGAAGAAGGGGAGCUGUCCUGUGCUUUCUUCCCCAGCUAUUCGUGUGUAAAAUUGUACUUCCUCUCAGCUGCUUUUCUCCCCUAAGAAUGACAAGAGACGCAGGAACCUGCAUCUUCUCUCUCUGGGAGGAAAGUAGUUUGGGACCAUGGCGUAGGGGCAGCACUAAAAAGAGAUUCUGAAUUACAAAUGAGGAGGAAAAAAGUUACAAACCGCCCCCCAGUGUGUUCUCUGCUCACUUGCAGAUGUUUGUGUGAUGAAGGAACAUCUUAGGGAUCCAGCGGGGGUAGGGGAAAGAAACACGGAAUUCCACGUAUGAUAAAGUUGGUUCGUGUCCCACGAGACCUGCUAAUGUCAUUUCAUGCUGUGCUGAUGUACAGCCGCUCAGCAGAGGAGAAAAAGAUGCAUAAAAUCAAUGCUGAUCGGGGAUGUUGCUGACUCUUUCUUGAAGUGCAGCAGCUGCUGAAAAUUCAAUACAGUCUGCUAUCAAGCAGCGCUGACAUUUCUCUCUUAAACAAAAAAUAGAUCGUAUCAACUCACUGUUAGCCACACCAGCUCAAUAGCUUGUAUGCCUCAGGACAGACAUUGUCUUGGCUUUUAAAAAUGUUUUCAUUCUCACGGGAGCUGUUUUAGUUUACAAGUUAACCAGCAUGGGGCUUGGACUUUCACACAAGACACCGAUGGUACGCACUUGACCAUGUAUUUCUGGGCAUGCUCUCUGCUGCUCAAGUAGGAGAGCUCAGGUUCUGGCACUUUUUAUUCUGUAUAUUUUUAAAAUAAAAUGUGUUUUUUAAAGAAACUAAAA